AUGCUCCUGGCCUGGGAAAUGGAACGAGCCAAUCACAUAAACAUUGCAAUGGUGGAAGACAUAAGCACCAACGGCACAGGCUGCAGGUCUGAGAGGUCGGCCGGGGCAGAGCCGUGUGGAGCCACCGUGAGCUUCCACCACCUCCACUACUCUGUGCCUGAGGGCCGCAAGCACAAAGACCACACCAGCAACGGACACAUCCUGAUGGACCUCAAUGGGGUCAUGAAGCCAGGUCUGAAUGCUAUUCUUGGUCCUACUGGAAGUGGCAAGUCUUCAUUCUUGGAUAUACUGGCCGCGAGGAAAGACCCUACCGGUGUGUCUGGGGAAGUGCUCAUAAAUGGAGCGGCACAGCCUCCAUACUUCAAAUGUAUCACUGGAUAUGUAGUGCAGGAGGACGUCGUCAUGGGCACGCUAACUGUGAAGGAGAACCUCCGCUUUUCUGCAGCUCUCAGAUUGCCCACCUCUGUUCCACAAAGCGAGAAAGAGACUAGAGUCGAUCACCUCAUCCAAGAACUUGGACUCACAAAAGUUGCAGAUACUAUGGUGGGCAGUCCGAUGUCUAGGGGGAUAUCAGGAGGCGAGAGGAAACGAACAAACAUAGGCAUGGAGCUGAUCGUUGACCCUGCUGUGCUCUUUUUGGACGAACCGACCAGCGGACUGGACGCCAGCACAGCCAACUCUGUUCUACUGUUGCUCAAGAGAAUGGCUGGUCAAGGAAGAACCAUCAUUAUGUCCAUCCAUCAGCCGCGUUACUCCAUCUACAGGCUGUUUGACACUCUCACAUUGUUGGUCAAUGGAAAACUGGUGUACCAUGGACCAGCGCCCAGUGCCAUGGACUACUUUGCCAACAUUGGAUAUCAAUGUGAGCCACACAACAACCCUGCAGAUUUCUUCCUGGAUGUCAUAAAUGGAGACUCUACAGAAAGAGCAAUGAUAAAGCUGCAAGAUUUGGACUUUGAAGACCUGAACAGCUCAAGGAAGAGUAUCGAGGAGCAUUUAGUUGAAGAAUACAGGAAAAGCUGCUAUUUCAGCAACACACAGUGUGAACUUGAAUGCAUUGUCCAAGAAAAAAAGUGCAGGUCAGGACCACUGUGUCACACAGUCAACUACAACAGCCCCUUCUUCCAUCAACUGCACUGGGUAAUGAAGAGGACCUUUCAGAACCUCCUGUUAAACCCUCAGACAUCUGUGGCACAGGUGACUGUUCAUAUUUUUCUUGCUUUAAUCGUUGGUGCCAUUUUUUACUCAGUUAAAGAUGAUCAGAGUGGAAUCCAAAACAGAAUGGGUGCCCUUUUCUUCAUCACCACGAACCAAUGUUUCAGCACAGUGUCUGCAGCAGAGCUCUUCAUUGUCGAAAGGAAGUUAUUUGUGCAUGAGUACACCAGUGGAUACUACAGAGUGUCUGUCUACUUCCUGUCUAAGAUCUUUGCUGAUAUGCUUAUGCGCACCAUCACCUCUGUUAUCUUCAGUGGCAUUGUAUACUUCAUGAUUGGGUUGAAAAGAACAUUGGAAGCCUUCCUCAUCUUCACUCUGACAGUCAUGCUUGUGGCCUACACUGCCACUGCCAUGACUCUAGCCAUCGCUGCCGAUCAGAGCGUGGUGGCGUUGGCGAACAUCCUCAUGACCAUAACAUUCGUCUUUAUGAUGAUUUUCUCUGGGCUGUUGGUGAACCUUCCAAGCAUCGUAGACUGGCUUUCUUGGCUGAAAUACUUGAGCAUUCCUCGCUACGGCCUUGCAGCCUUAGAGGUCAAUGAAUUUAUAGGUUUGAAAUUCUGUGAGGAACAUUUCACUGAAACCUCGACAAACGGCAAGAUGAACUGCACAAUGAGCACGACUGACUUGAAGUGUAGAGGAGAGCAGUAUCUGGAGUACCUGGGAAUUGAGUACACGGCCUGGGGACUGUGGAAGAAUCAUGUUGCUUUAAUCACAAUGAUGGUCAUAUUUCUGAUUAUUACCUAUUUAAAACUACGCUACAUGAAAAAGUUGACCUAA